CCGACAUUUUUAUUUAGCCCAGUUUAAUGCUUUGCUCCUCGUUGAAUCGUAUUGCUUGUUGCUAGUAUAAAUCAGUCACGUCUAGUCGCCCGCUUUUAGUUGUAAAGCGAGUCCGUUGUACGAAACCGAUAUUUCAAUUGCAAUUACAGUUCCAAUUAAAAAAUUAUUCCAAAAUGCCGCCCAAAAGAACCGCGAAGCAAAGAGUCACAAGCGCCGACGAAACACCAAACAAAAAACCCAAAAUCGAAAACGCAUCAUCUGACCCGCUACGAGAACCACACCAUUUCGCAGCUGAGGCCGAAGAACACGGCAUCGUACUACGCAAAUACUACCCUCCAGAAAUGAGUAAUGCGCGCGCGCAAGCAUACAACGACAACACACUCCCGCGACCCAUCGAGCAACUCGAAGCCGCGCUAGAAGAAACAGCGUCAGCGCGUAAGGAUAUACAAGUCGGUGAAGCAGUGAUACAUUGGUUCAAGAUGGAUCUGCGAACAACUGACAACCGCGCAUUAUGGGAGGCGAGCCAGAAAGCGCAAGAAGCGGGCGUGCCGUUGAUAUGUGUGUACAUCGUGAGUCCCGAGGACCUCGAGGCGCAUUUUACGGCGCCCGUGCGUGUAGAUUUUAUGAUCCGUACUUUGCACGCGCUAAAGGCGGAUUUGGUGGAGUUGGAUAUUCCGUUGUAUGUUGAGACUGUGGCGAAAAGGAAGGAUAUACCUGAACGUAUCGUCGAUUUCAUGCAGGAAUGGGGCGCGAAUCAUUUAUACGCUAAUAUCGAGUACGAGGUCGAUGAAUUGAGGAGGGAGGCUAAGAUGGUGGGAUUGUGCGCGGAGAAGGGGUUGGCUAUGAUGCCAUUUCACGAUACGUGUAUUGUAGCGCCGGGUGCAUUGCAUACGGGUACUGGGAAGCAGUAUGCGGUUUACUCGCCGUGGUUCCGGGCUUGGGUCGCGCAUAUCCAUGCAAAUCCAGAACUUCUUAGCCCCUUUGAUCCUCCGGCGAAGAAUCCGCCCGAUGCCCGUGAGAAGGUGGCUGCGCUAUUCGAUUACGAGAUACCAGAUGUACCGGAAAACAAGCGGUUGUCUGAAGAAGAUGCGAAGAGAUUCGGUGCUACUUGGCCCGCAGGUGAACGCGAAGCUAUGGAUAGGCUUGACAAAUUCUGCGAGGAGAAAAUCGCACAGUACGGAAAAAAGCGUAACUUCCCUUCCGAGGCGGCGACGUCCUCAAUAUCAGUCCAUCUAGCGGCUGGAACUCUGUGCGCGAGGACUGCGGUGCGUACUGCGAGAGAUAGGAAUAAGACAAAGAAGCUGGAUGCAGGGGUUGAGGGAAUCCAAGCUUGGAUCAGCGAAGUUGCCUGGCGGGAUUUUUAUAAGCAUGUUUUGGUUCAUUGGCCUUAUAUAUGCAUGAACAAACCGUUUAAACCCGAAUACUCUAAUAUUGAAUGGUCUUAUAAUUCGGCACAUUUCGAGGCAUGGUGUCAAGGACGUACCGGCUUCCCAAUGGUCGAUGCCGCGAUGCGACAGGUCCAAGGCAUUGGGUGGAUGCAUAACCGAUGCCGAAUGGUCGUGGCCUCCUUCCUAUGCAAGGAUCUACUACUGGAUUGGCGUAUGGGCGAACGAUUCUUCAUGGAGAAUCUCAUUGACGGCGACUUCGCAUCCAAUAACGGCGGAUGGGGCUUUAGCGCGUCCGUCGGCGUUGAUCCGCAGCCGUACUUUCGCAUCUUCAACCCUUUGCUUCAGAGUGAGAAAUUCGAUCCCGACGGUGACUAUAUCCGUAAGUGGAUACCGGAGCUUAGUGGGAUUAAGGGGAAAGCUAUUCAUGAUCCGUAUAAUCGGGGCGCUGCGGCGGAGGCUAAAAAGGCGGGAUACCCCGAGCCGAUUGCGAAUCAUAAGGAGAGCAGGGACCGGGCGCUUAAAGCGUAUAAGGCGGGCAUUGAUGGGGACAAGCCAUGAUCUUAGAUUGAAUUAUUUUGUCGAAAUAUCCAUCGGAUCACUUUUGUAGGGGACAGGGAUCGGUUCGAGGCGUUAGUUUCUGACGGUGCUUUUGGAACAAUUAUGUUUGCGGUUUUCAUCUAAGUCUAUAUUGAAUCAUUUUAAGACCGCGUGCUGAAAUGUCUCGACUCGUCGCUAUAUCAUGAAAUUGAGGGAACAACGACAGGGUCCAAAUAUUGUAGCAGAGCUUAGGGGAGUUCCGCUAAUGCCCUAAGCCUGUAAUUUCCUUCGGCAUCGGGUAUGGACUCCUUUCUGGAUAUUCAAGUUUACCUAAUGAGAGAAAAGGGAAUAGUUCAUCAAAGAGAUAAUCUUAGAGUAAUUGUACCUAUAUAUAGUUUUCGUCGUGACAAUGAGUGUAACUGUCGUGGUGCUAGAAAUUAUGAACUCUCAUGGCGUCGAUUGAGAAAGAAUAGCGGAGCGUAGGCGCUGUCCCAAUUCCUUCUAGGGGAGUUGUAGGCGAUCACUUGAUUACCUAAUAGCUAUGGAGAUCUAAUGAACCUCGGCAUCGCCAACUUGAUCGCUCACCUGAUUCCGUUCUCCUCACACAUGACCUUC